CACAUAGUUAAUAUUCAUAGCCAUUCAGUUCAGACAUUUCUAAAACUAGUGGGUUAACUGCGAUAUUUGCAUAUUUGGAAAGCAGGUGGCUUAAACACAUGAGCUGUCCUGAAUGAUAGGUUAGUUUGAUUCUACAACACAGUUGUGCGGUAAAACAUUGGUUAAGAUUUUGGACUUUCGACCAUUAAGUCAUAAGUUCGAACCCCGAUAUACCUACUUUUAUUUGGGCAAUAGUGUUGGGUAGCAUCAUUACCUCUUAUACUCAGAAUGUAGCUCAAAGUGCCUGGGAAAUUAACUGUAACUAAAUAGAAAUUUAAUGAUUAUUUUUACUGAUUAUGUUACCACUUCCUAUACGGUUCAUAAUGAAACUUUUACACCAGAAUAAGAUUAUCUGAAUAAGCUAAAUCGUUUGUCAGACUGUUAUUCUUUUAAUGCUAUUGCUUCUUGUACUCAUUUAUGUACUCUGUUCUAAUGACAGGUCAUUGUAUUAAUUAACAAUAUCUCAGCUCAUUUACGUGGUUCCAUUCCAUGGGAUGUGAUUAAACAACGUGGUGAAUUUUGUCGUGUAAUUUUAACUGGCUUAUUCACUGCUCUUGGUGGUAACCUGAAUCAAUUUAGCUGUAUACUUGGUAGCGAUUUUCAAUUACAUUCGGGAUAUAUGUUAAAUUUCUAUCGUUUAGUGAGCUUAGUUCCAGAAACAGAUUGUUUAAUAUCAAGUAAAUUAUCUGAAUUCGACAAUACAAAUCAAUCAAUUAUAAAUCAUAAUCUUGAUGCUAAUAAUAAUACUGAACUAAUUAAUGAUUCAUCUAUUCGACCUUCUACACUUGGUGAAUUAUUAAUACCUUGUUUAGAUUUAAUUGAUACUAUACAAUUAUCUGCAGAUAUUCGUUUGGCUAGUAUACAACAAAUACAAAAACAUCAAAUUUUUCAAUCUAAAUUCUUACGUCAUUUUCCUAAUUCUUUUGAAACUAUCCAUCUGACACAUCCAAUACUCUCUAGUCUUCAAGCCCCAACUAAUCAAAUUGGUGAUUUAUCGUCAUUUCCUCCAAUGAAAUCAUGUCCUUUAUCAUCUCGCUGUACAGGUCCAGCAUCGGCUAAAACACUAGCAGCAUUGGUUGAAGAGAAUUAUCUACCUUUGAUUGAACCACCUUUACCUGGAUCCUUAGAAAAGUCCCCACUGUCUGGUUUAAAACGUCGAAUUAAACGUGCAUUUUGUCAACCAAAUAAUGUUGAUAUAAAUCCUAUAUUGGAUAUAUGCCGUUGGGUAUUAAUUCCAGAUUUGUCGCCUGGAGUUGCCCCAAAAUUAAGCGACAGUAAAUUGUCAUCACCAUCCUUACCAGUGAAUUCAACUAAUGAACUCAAUCCAAAUCGUUUGGACAUACGAGUUGGUUUAAUCUUAUCAGUUAAAAUACAUCCAAAUGCUGAUAGUUUAUUUAUUGAAGAAGUGGAUUUCGGUUCAAGUAUUGGUAAACGUACAGUGAUUAGUGGAUUAGUUGGUCUUUAUCCUAUGGAAAAAUUACUCAAUUGUUAUGGUAUAUUUGUGAUUAAUUUAAAACCAGUGAAAAUUCGUGGAAUCGAAUCUCAGGUAAGUAGUAAUGAUAAUAAUAAUAAGCAUCACGUCGUUGUUGAUGAGUUUUUACUCUUUUUUUCGAUAUAUAUAUAUGCAAAAUGAUGGUAGUAAUAGAUUUCGAGGCCUACAUAACUACACUUUUAUCAACCUUUGAGGUGAAUUAAAAGAAAAACGCUACUUAAUCACAUUAAAACUUGCUGUUUGUUCUAUUUGUUGAUUGUUAAACAGAAUGUACCUUUUAAAAAAGUUGUUUAUCGUUCGUAUCAUAAACUGACCUUAGUCAGACAACAAUUGGAAAACAAACAAAAAAUCGUGAACACUUGAUAGUAAGUAGAGAUGAAUGAUGGAAUCCAGGAUACAUGUUUCGUCCUAUUUAGAAGUCGUAAAUAAUGCUAACGAUUCCUUAAUAAGGUGAAGUGAGCGUCCUAAAUUCGCCUGCUAGCCACCAUCAUCUCUGCUUACAGAAUGCUUGUAACUUGAAACAAUGUCGAGGCAAUCCGCUCUGGAUGCACAUUUGCCAAAAAGAGACCGAUCAAUUGCAGUCCCCAAACCUCAACGGAAAGAUCCAAACAACCAUUAUGAAAAAUGAGUCAAAAAACACGGGGUAACUGUUUCGUUUUAAUAUGGUACUCAUUUGUUUUGGGUAUCCACUAUUGAAUUCAACACUUUCAAAUCUAGUAAGUACUCAUCUAAUCUAAUAGUUGUCAAUGUAUAUCUAUGUUGGGAGACAACAAUAGAUUGUUUUUUGGUUGGAUUAUGAGUUUUUUGCAGUCUGGCCGUGAUGACAAGAAAGCAGUUGUAUGCUCUCUCUGUGUCUAAUAUGAUUAUCGAUAAGUCCACCUAGAUUGUCAGUAGUACCAGUGGCACGUUUACCAAUCGACACUUCAGUUAAUAAACAAAAAGCAAGACGGUGGCGCAUAUGGGUCCUUGAGCUCCUUCUAACCUAGUAGCCAAUCAGGAGAUAAAGAUGGAAGUCAGAUCGAUUUUCUGUUGUACUCAAUUUAGUCAUAAUUUAGAACUCAUGUUUUAAUGAGCUAAGGAAUUUUAGUCUAUUCUAUUAUGUAGAGUCACACACUGCAUUUUUAAAAUAUGAGAACAAUACAUUGAAUACACUAUCUGAACAUCUUCCUUGAAUUGUCUCGUACAAACUCCGCUGUUCUUCCAUUCUCGUUACUAAUCUUACUACUAUUGUUCUUCUCCUCUGUCAGUAAGAAUCCUGCUUUCAGUCUCUGAUAUAUAUUACUUAUAUCUCUCGGUAUAAGCAACACACCAUAAUAUAGUAACAUGCUUAAGACAUUUGAUCACAUAGUAACACAUGCAAUAAAUUAAAAUGUCACAAUAACUGACACAAAACCAGAGUAAUGGAGGUAUAAUUAUUUCAUAUCAGAAGGGUUUUCGUGGAUAUUAUAGUAAUGUCAAUGGUUGAGAUCAAUAGUCAAUUGAAGCUAGACAACCAUAGAAAAAUCUGGAAACACUGGACGGCCGUUCCGUCCUAUUGUGGGACUCCUCUGUGACAGUGCGCAUCCAAGAUCCUGCCCCCCCCGCGAGAUUCGAACCCAGGACCUAUCAGCCCCGCGUGCGAUUGUCUAAUCACUAGAUCACUCACACUAUUUGUCAUCCUAUUAUGUUAAUCAUUAUCAUCUCUACUGUUUCUAAUAUAUUCUUUUUCAAAUGUUAUUUUCCUAGGCUAUGUUACUUUGUGCUUCAUAUACUGAGAAGAGUUCAUCACUUUUGAAAGUACAACCAAUACAUUUAUCAAAUAAACAAAAUCCUAUAUUAGGUGAACGUUUUGUCUUUCAUUCAUUAGUUGAUAAUUCUAAAUCAUCAUCAUCAUUUAGAGAACCAGAUAAAUUAUUAUCAUCUAAAACAAAAUUAUGGGAACAAUUAUGUCCAGAUUUAUCAACAUCUAUUAAUCAAUAUAUUCAAUGGCGUGAUUGGAGAUUAGGUUCAAUAUGUGGUAAUAAAUGGAUUAUUGUAUCAGAUGAUGUUCCACCUGGUUCAACUGUACGUUAAAUGUUAACAAUGAAAAGAAGAAUAUAUAAUGAAUACAAUUAGGAGUUAUUUUAUGCUUGUGUUUAUUUCACAUUCUGUAUCAUUUUCAACUUCAUACAAAUAAAAAUUAUUUUCUUUGGAUUUGAAAAAUGUUCUCUCAAUUUUAUACUAAAGUUAUUACUGAACUCAUCUUGAUGAAGAUGUUUCUCAAUAGUUUGAAAACAAUACACUAAUAUGGAGAGAGAGUCAUUUAAAUAGUCAGUUUGGGGGAAGGAGCGUUAGAGCGUAGCACACAGUGUAUCAGUAUCAGAUUUCGGAUACCGCACGUCACAACAUGCACUUUGUUUACCAUGUUUAGAUUAUAGGUAUAAACCUGUGUUAGUGGGACAUAGAUUGGAUCAAAGCAU